AUGGCUGCUCCGUAUCUCCACGAAAUCGUAUAUCCACGGCCUAAAGAGAGCAUCUUCAAAAGCAGUUGGUCAAAGACUCCCUUAAAAAGACCAGCAUUACGCCAAAUAAUCUUGCCAUAUUGCAAAGGUUACUGUGACAUCGCUUCUGUUCAUGGCGUCGGUUACCUGAAUGACCCCAAACGACAGCACUUUGAACGGGCUAUCUGGUCAUUGCUGCUCAUUACUACAACCAUCAGCUGUAUUUACGUUUACACUGAUUUGGCUGACUUGUACUCUUCGCAACGUCUACAGACAAUUGUCGAGGAUUCAUUAGCCCCCAUUUUCACUAUUGAAUUUCCUGCGAUUGGCAUAUGUCCACGAAACCGCAUCAAUUGGCUAAAACUGUUGGAGGCUCAUCAAUUGUUUCUACCCGCGAAUACUUCCACUGAAACUGUGCAAACAUUUCGCCAGUUCUUUGCCGUUUUGAGUGAUUUUCGCUUUGACAACUUCGUUGAAUUGAAGCCGCUUACCACGCUUCAAAUGAACCGGUCGCUGCUGGACAAUGUGGAUAUAAAGGAAGUAAUGCAAUUUGUUAGCUUCACAUGCGAUGAGUUGUUUGAGCAGCCAUGCUUUUGGCGCCGACAGGAAUAUGAUUGCUGUCAUCUGUUUUCCUUGGAACGCACGGAAUACGGCUUUUGUUUUGUCUUCAAUUCGUUAAUCAAUGAGAAGGGGAGGGAAAGGCGGCGCACGGACCGUUAUUACCCAUAUCAUAAUUCGAAAUCAGGCGAGGGAUCUGGUCUGGAUGUCCGCGUAAAUCUCGACAAAAGCAAGCAAAAUCCAAAUGUUUCCAGCAGAAGCGGAAUAUAUGUAAUGGUAAAACACCCCGAUCAAUGGCAUAGUGAGCCACGUUUUAUUAGCGACGACACAUACACAAAAGUGCCAGUGCGCACGCAAUUCACCUCAGCAGACAAAAGGGCAAGAACAGUUUCGCCAGAGGUCCGAAAAUGCCUUUUUAAAGAUGAAAGUGCACUCUAUAAGGGCCUGCCAGAAUUGAAGUAUCGACGUGGCAAUUGCUUGACACGCUGUCAUCAGGAGUACGUUUUCAAGCAAUGCAAAUGCAACUUGAAUUUGUUCUUUCCACAGGAUCCAAGUGAGAACAUAACGAUAUGCAAAGCAAAGGACUUUAAAUGCCUCUACGAGUACAGAGAUCUGUUCAAAUCUGACAAUUUGCAGGCGGAAAGCGAAUAUAUUGAGAACUCAUCCAAUAGUAGUAUGGCUUGUAACUGUUUGAAUAGCUGCCAGCAGCUAAUAUUUCUUACCAAUUACAAUAAUUAUCCGAAGAAUGGGAAAAACGAUGCGCACACUCUAAGGUAA